CUUCAGCGUUUUCUAUUAUUCAGGAAUAUUAGCUGUAUCAGUGGCACUUAUUAGUGCUAUAUAAUCAAAAUACACAUACCUCAAAAUGUUCUAAAAUUUAAAUUCAAUGUGAAAAAACAAGGCUGAAGUAAAGCAUUUACUUUUUGGUCAAUGCUAUUUAGGUCAAGAAUGUCAGAAAGGAGGUAACUCUCUCUUAAAGAAGUCCACCCCCAAGCCGCCAUGUCUUCCAGGGCCAGCGUGAGUACCAUGCAGCACCUGGUGGAGCAGGUCAAGCUGGAUGCUGGCAUGGAGAGAAUCAAGGUGCCUCAGGCAGUCACAGAGUUUCAGCAGUACUGCAUGCAGAAUGCUUGCAAGGACGCCCUGCUGCUUGGGGUUCCAGCUGGAAGCAACCCCUUCCGAGAGCCCAGAUCCUGCGCUUUACUGUGAAGACUGGAAAGAAGGUCAUUGGGGAAGCACACUGUGAUGGAUGACUGCCGCUGCCAUGA